GCGGGCCUGGAGGAGUUCCGGGGCGGGAAGGCAGGCAAGGGAGCGCCGCGAAGCUGCGGCGCGGCGCCGAGGCCCCGCCCCACUGCGCCGAGGCCCCGCCCCGCGCCGGGAGUUGCGGCCGGUCCUGGCGCGCGGCGUCUCCCGGGCGACGGCGCUCCCCCCCGCCCCAACCGCUCAACCGCUAACGGCCAACGGCCGUUGGCCGCCGCCAAGAUGGUGCCGGGGGAGGCGCCGCCGCCGGGCAGCGCCGCGGCCGAGCCGCAGCCGGCGCCCGCCGCCAGGAAGCAGCGCGCCUUGGCCCGGAGGAAGGCGUUCUCCCUCUUCGUGAGAGCCAAGGAGGUGCCGGGCGGCGGCGGCGGCGAGGCGGCGCGGUGGCAGUGCUGCGGGCAGGCGUUCCCCGAGCGCGCCGCCGUGCACCGGCACGUCGCCACGCAGCACGCGGGCGAGGUGGGGCUGGCGCUGCAGCAGCUGGCGGCCGAGGCCGGGCGCGGGGCGGCGGCGCCGGCGGGCGGAGGCGGCGGGCCGCAGGGGUGCCCCGAGGUGGCUCGGGGGCUGCCGGACACGAGCCACGUGAGCCCGGAUGCGCUGACGAGCAAGGAGGGAGAAGUACUUUUGUAUUACUGUUACUGUGAGGUGAAGGAUCCAGAGAAACUCUGUGCUUGGCAAAAGGCUCUGUGCCAACAUCUGCAUCUGACUGGCAAGGUACGAAUUGCGUCAGAGGGAAUUAAUGGAACAGUUGGCGGAAGCAAAGUAGCUACCAAUCUCUACAUUGAAGUUAUGCUCUCCCAGCCACUGUUCAAAGACAUUUUGUGUCGAGAUGAUUUCAAGAGCAGUGCAGGAGGAGCUCACUGUUUCCCAGACCUUCGAGUUGGAGUAUUUGAAGAAAUUGUACCUAUGGGCAUUGAUCCAAAAAAAGUCUCUUAUAAAGAAACUGGAAUCCAUCUAUCCCCUCAGGAAUUUCAUAAAGAAGUAGAACAAUAUUUGUCUCAGGCCAAUCAAGGACAAAGUGAUACUAUCUUACUGGACUGUAGGAACUUCUAUGAAAGUAAAAUAGGACAUUUCCAGGGCUGUCUGGCUCCAGAUAUCAGGAAAUUCAGCUAUUUUCCAAGCUAUGUAGAUGAAAACUUGGAGCUUUUUAAAAACAAGCGUGUCCUGAUGUACUGCACAGGAGGGAUCCGCUGUGAAAGAGGCUCUGCUUACCUACGGAGCAAGGCAGUGUGCAGAGAGGUUUACCAGCUCAAAGGCGGGAUUCACAAGUACCUGGAAGAGUUUCCAGAUGGAUUCUACAGGGGGAAGCUGUUUGUAUUUGAUGAUCGUUACGCCAUUUGUUCCAAUGAAGAUAUCAUCUCAGCAUGCAGAUACUGUGGGACGCUGUGGGACCAGUAUAAACUUUGUUCCAGCCAGCACUGCCGGCAGCUUGUCCUGACGUGUCCAGGUUGUCGCAAGAAAGGGCUUACAGCUUGCUGUCCUGUUUGUCAAGAGAAAGAGCUCAAGGUGGCUUCAAGGGCUUCAGGACAGGCACUUAAGGAGGAAUGUGAAUGUACAAGGAGACGGCCAAGGGUACCUAUUGAACAUAUCUCACAAAGCACACUGGAUACAGGAAAAGAUUAAGCUGUCUCUUUAGCUAGUUUCACAUUUGACACUUGUGUUAAUGGGAAGGACGUCUAAAACCAGAUCCCUCUCUGUUACUGCAAUUAACUUGUAUAUCACAAUAAUUUGUUGGCUUGGAAAGUCUUGCUCGUACCCUACAUUAUGUUGAAUAUGCCCUGAAAACUGUCCAUUACUUAAGUGUAAAUUACCAGAGUGGUCAACCCAUUACCAUUGCUACAGGAUUUUUCUCCCUAGGUGCAGUUUUGCACUGUGCUUCUCUCUGGGGAUUUUGCAGAAGAAUGUGUUGGGGACACAGCUGUUCACAGUUCAAAAGAAACUGAAGAGAAUGAAGAACAAUUACAUGCUGUUCCCCCUCUAAUUUAUGGAUGUGCAUGCGUGGAGGUGGAUCUGUCCAACUUCUCCAUUGAUCGUGCAGCUUCAAUAGAUAGUGCUAGGGUGAUGAAAACAGCAUAUGUUUUAACUUCUGGGUGUGUGACUAGAUUAAUUUGCUUUUUACCAGUGUGAAGCAAGGGGUGUUUACCUUGAAGUCAUUGACUUGACUCCCAUGUAAAACCAGUUAAAGGCAGGGUGAGGACUCCUAUCUUAAGUGGAGCAAAGGUGGAGGAUGUGCAUUGCCCACAGGUACUGUCUGUCCAGCCUUACUUGUGUAUGACCUGUGGGACCAACAGCAGAAGUAACCCUCAUUGUGAUGUUCUGCCUCCCUGGGAGCUGUUGAUAUCCCUCAGCCUGUCAGUAUGUGAAAUAUCCAGGGCUCAGCUCCACUUGCACUAGAAAAAAAAUCAACAGCUUGAAGUGUGUUGAAAUUGAGACACUCAGAGGAGAGCACAGAGGCUGCCAAAAUACCAGUGUUAUGGCUCUAGAAGUGAAUGCUGGCAUCUGUGUAUAAACGCCAGCAACAGCUGUAAGGAGACUGCCAGAUCAUUUAUCCAAGCUAAAUAAUCCAUGAUUUGGGGAGCAUUUGUGCUUUGUAAACAUGGAUUAAGUUUUUUAAAAGCUGUGAGAUGUUUAUGCAUUUUCCAGCUUCUGUUAGUGGGGAAAUUGUCUCUGACUUGGAAUCCACAGCAUAUGAGCUCAAAAUACUGCCUCCUGCUUUGUGUGCCUGAUGCUGUAGAAUGUACUGAAAGGUUUUAUUAAUAGUGUGGAUGAUGUGUCAUGAUUGAAAAUAAUCUUUGAAACUUACUCUCAUUUUUGGUACUAAGUCAUUAGUCAUUAGGAAAUCAAAAUCAGUUACUUUUUUAUUAUUUUUUACUGGCAACUACUUUUAAAGACAUGAAAACAACUUACUCAGGUUCCUGCAGUUGCUUAGCAUCAGUUAGAGCAGUGUUAUUUUAAUAUAGGUCAUAACCUUUUCCCACAGUGCUACAAAUUCAGCAUGGUCUCAUUGGUGACUAAACUGGCAGCUAAAGACAGGGGCACUGGUUACAUUAAAGCCAUUGCAAGGCAUUUCUUCUUACUUCCAGUGUUGCCAACAUGAAUAGCUGUUCAACAAUGGUCUUUAUAACGGUUCCUUUCAUGAAGCAAGACUUGAAAACUAAUGAAUGUGUACGUUGGGAAUCUUCCAAGGAUGGCAUUUAAAAAUAGUAAUUCUGUGAUCUGCUAGAGAAGUAAUUAGAAAACUCCCAUCAGUAGACAUCUUCAGCAGAAGACCUGGCAGGACCCAGGCUCCCCUGGCACCUUGCCUCCCAAGCUCUGUUAGCCAGCUUACCUGUGUGCUUUUGAGAACUGGAAUAUUUGUGGUAAACCAUGCAAGCUCCACUUGCAGGCCUGGCCUAGAACACUGAUUAAAAUGCCCCAAUUUGCAUAUUGUGCUGCAUCUUUUUUCAGGUAUUAGGCUAAAAAGCCCACCAUUUUAUAAUUUAAUCUAUCAGCAGGUCUGGAAUACCGUAUUCCAUUUGGAAAGCUGUUUUUGUGUAAUUUCUUAGUACAAAACAGCAAGAAGGUAACUACAUUUUAUAUGUAAGGUUCUGAAAUUACUGAGGUGAUAAAUAACCUUUAGUGCGUCCAUCAUAAUUCUUGAAGUACUGCACAAAUACGCUUCAUCUGUAUGUCAGAGGCCGUUAAUUCCAUAAGAGUAAAUGCUGAAACCUAGCUAACCGCAUGUCACACAAUAGACCUGGUUACAAGGUGCAGUUCUACUGAGAGUUCCUAGCAUGUGGACAGUCUACCUCAAAAGCAGAAACGAGCCAUAGGACCUGUCGGAAGGGUCCGAGAUUGAAUGGAUGGAGACCCAACCAGCCAAGUUCCCUCAGCUGCAGAGACAGGAGGAGAGGAAUGAGAUACACCCUUGGUCUACUGCAUGUCAGCUUAUAAGCAGCUUUUGUAUCCUGGCCUCCAGCUUAUUUUUGUCAAGUUAAUACAAAAAAGUGCAAAGUGUGAAAUAGAGUGUGCUGAGACCCAGGCACCUUGGCUGUAAUACCUUAAAGAAGGCAUGUUAGCACUGUACAGCAUUGCUGCAGGAAAGGCAGGAGUUAGGCAAGACUGGCUGUGACUGCCAGAUGCUGCAGUCACCAGAUGGCUUUUUCCCUUUUUCCUGAAGAGCUGCUUGGAUGAAACAGGAAUCCGUUUGUUUCUGUGCAUCACUGUUUUGUCGUUCCACAGCUUGAAGCCUUUUACCACAAAGCCUGAUGUCUCUCAGCGCAGCCUCAUCGCUGCUGCACAGCUCUCAGUGCAGUUGCAUUCUCUCACUUGCAGCUCUGUGAGGAUCAGCUGAGGACCCUGGAGCAAUCCCAUUAACUAUGCAGUCCCAAUGUGCAUUUGGACAGCAUAGUUCAGUUCAGUGCUAAUAUAGCAACAAGGAUGAAAAGGUUUGGGGGUUCUUUUUUAAGGGCUAUUUUAUUUUCAUUCAAGACAAAAUGCUGCUGUCAGGUCAAUGGUAGUGCUCCCUGUCAGGUAGUUGCAUUUCCUUGCAUGUCUAACUUUGUUACUGCCAACUGCCAUCAGGAUUUCCCAGCAUAGGAUGCAUUUAUGUUCUUUUUAAGCCAGUGGGAGAGCUGAGCUUGUACCAUGCAAAUCUGCAUGUGGCUUAGCUGAAAAUGUGUGGCUCUGGUUUGAUACUUUAGUUGACUGUUUAAAGUCCUUUGGUGCAUAUGGUAGGAAAGAGCUGUCUGGCUACUGUGUGUGUGUGUGUUUUGGUGUUUUUUGUUUUGUUUUGUUUUUUUUUAAAUCAUGCCCUUUUGUAUGCUUCAUCUUCUGAAACCGAACUUACGGAGAAAAAGAAGGAAGCUGUAGUGAAACAGUUUAUUUGACGCUGCUGACACAUUUAUUAAGAUUUGAAGAGUAACAAAUAUGUUUCCCACAUUGUUGACAGUACAAUGUCAUUGGUCAGAGCUAAAUCCUCUGUGGCAUUUGUGCACAAACUCUGUUGAAAUCUGUGGGACUUUUGCUGGAAUAUGCGUAAAGGCUGCUAAAUACUCUUAACAGAUGCGUGCAGACAGAUUUCUAGUAAGUGAGAACAUUUGCUAGGACAUAUUGUCAUCAAAGAAAGAAUAAGGCUUUGGUAUGACAGCACUUCUGUCAGGGAGACUCUUCCUAUCAAACAUGAUCCCAUCCAAGUCAACAGCAGGAGUUUUGGAUGGGAUAGUCUUGGGUCCCAUCCACUCAAAGUCUGGGAGCUACGUAAGCCUAUGGGGAAUUCCUCCCAGGCUAGAUUAAGGGUCGUAGACUUUCUGACAGAAAACUGUGCGUGUGCAGCAGGAGUUCAGAGUCAGAAUAUUUCAAGUAACACCUUUGCUAUGGCACGCUGUUCAGUGCUGCCUUUAUGCAGAUGUGAGGGAUGGUCGCGGGAGAAACAAUUCCUAGCAGAAUAGUUUAAUUAAUGGACAGGGUCAUUAGGCAGAACAGCGAAGAGUAAGGAUUUAACGUAUGUCCGGUAAGGCUCUGGACAUGCUUUUAACAUUACAAACUUGAAGGGAGCGGGGGUUGGAACAGAGGACCCUGGUCUGCUGAUUAGUUAGGCCAUCUCUGUGGAGUUAGGAUUCAUAUCAAAUCUCUAAUGGAGGAAGCUUUACUCAGACAUGCAUAGGACAGGAGGAUAUUAAACAAUCCAUCCUACAGUGCUCAGUUUUUGAGAAUCCAUUAUUUUGUAAUUGGUGGCCUUAUGUUCCUUUUAAUCUGUGUGGAGAAAAAAAAUCUUUUUUUAAGAAACAGGGAUGCAUUUGAAACAGCAUCUCCAACUAACUGACUCAGCAAAAGCUGGUAAAAAUUCCUUACAUUAACCAUAUUUCAGGAUAGCAGAAGUGCUUGUUAAACUAGUUGCUUCUCUAUAGUUACUUGAGAUCAAUUUGAAAAAAAAAUAAAGUAUUUUUUUAAUACUUCUAUAA